AUAAAAGUCAUUAUCCUGAGUGUUGAGGGGCGGAUUAGGAUUCUGAACGGGAAAGACGUGAGGGUAAUGGUGAUCAUCCAUCCAUCUGUCCCCAUCCAGUCUAAUUCAAAGUAGUGUAUAUAUGUUCUGCUCAAGUCUUCCCAGUAGAUGUCGCCGUCGUCAACCCAGCGACUCAACCAUAGCAGCCGUGGCAGGUCAGUGCUGCACGCCUCUAAGUCAGAUAAGAUCAUCCCACUCUUCGCCUUCAAUCCAUCGUCAUCCUGGGUACCGCUUCCUCUCGUCUCUCUUAUUCCUAUCAAUUGAGAUAUCUACAAUCUCUUCCCCCAUUACCGAUUAUUUAUUUAUUUAUUUCCUUCUACCUUUCUUUCCUUCCUUUCCUUCGCAUAUGACUAGAAUGUUUAAGUUGGUGCUUAGCAUUACUAUUGAGGAUGAUUUUUAAUCUAUAUUUUCCUAAAAAAACUCACUCCAUGUUAACAAAAUAUGUUGCUCUGUAAAUAUCUUCCUUUUUCUUUUUAAAUAUCCUGCAACGCGCUUUAAGCAUUUCUAUUCAUACUCCGAUUUUUCAGCGUAAUUCCAAAAGAAAUGAUGGUAUAGCUGUCACUUUGCUUAGCUGUGUUUGGUUAAUGGGCAAUACAUGCCGUGGAUUUUUAGGAGGUAAGCACAUUCUGAACUACGCCCAUCCCCAAGAUCAAACCGUCUCAAAGCCCAACUCCUCUCUAACUUAUCGUCUGCUUAUCCCAAAGAAGAUCAGCAACUCACUGCUAUCAUCACUCAAAAAACGGAAAACAUCAUGAAUCGUUCCAACAAUACCCAGACCUACUGUGUUUUAGAUCACAAGACCGCUAACAUUUGUGAUCUUUACACAUUGGGGCAUAGGUUAGGUCAAGGUCAGUUUGGCACCACUUAUCUCUGCACCGAAAUUUCUACUGGUAAGGAGUAUGCCUGUAAGUCUAUCUCCAAGAGGAAGUUGAUCUCCAAAGAAGAUGUUGAGGACGUUAGGAGGGAAAUUCAGAUAAUGUAUCAUUUGGCUGGACACAAAAACAUUGUUAGUAUCAAGGGUGCUUAUGAGGAUCCUUUGUAUGUUCAUAUUGUUAUGGAACUAUGCGGCGGGGGUGAAUUGUUUGAUCGCAUCAUUCAAAGAGGGCAUUACAGUGAGAGAAAAGCUGCUGAGUUGACUAAGAUAAUUGUGGGAGUUGUUGAGGCAUGCCACUCACUUGGUGUUAUGCACCGAGAUCUUAAGCCGGAAAACUUCUUGUUGGUUAACAAGGAUGACGAUUUCUCACUGAAAGCUAUCGAUUUUGGGCUUUCGGUUUUCUUCAAGCCAGGCCAAAUUUUCACAGAUGUUGUUGGAAGCCCAUAUUAUGUUGCUCCAGAGGUGCUUAUGAAGAGUUAUGGCCCAGAAGCAGAUGUUUGGACGGCAGGGGUCAUACUUUAUAUACUCCUAAGUGGUGUGCCACCCUUUUGGGCCGAAACACAGCAAGGGAUAUUUGAUGCUGUUUUGAAAGGUGACAUCGAUUUUGAAUCAGACCCAUGGCCUAUAAUUUCAGAAAGUGCAAAGGAUCUAAUCCAGAACAUGUUGUGCAUGCGGCCUUCUGAGCGGUUAACUGCUCAUGAAGUAUUGUGCCACCCGUGGAUCUGUAAAAAUGGGGUUGCUCCAGAUAGAGCAUUAGAUCCAGCUGUACUUUCUCGCCUUAAACAGUUCUCAGCUAUGAACAAGUUGAAGAAGAUGGCCUUACGGGUGAUCGCCGAAAGCCUAUCAGAAGAGGAAAUUGCUGGUUUAAGAGAGAUGUUUCAGUCCAUGGAUACUGAUAAUAGCGGUGCAAUUACGUUUGAUGAACUUAAAGCUGGUUUGAGGAAAUACGGGUCUACAUUGAAGGAUACAGAGAUACGGGAACUAAUGGAUGCGGCCGAUGUGGAUAACAGCGGCACCAUAGAUUAUGGAGAAUUUAUAGCAGCAACAAUUCAUCUUAACAAAUUAGAGCGUGAAGAACAUCUUGUUGCAGCAUUUCAAUAUUUUGACAAGGAUGGGAGUGGUUAUAUUACAGUAGAUGAGCUCCAGCAAGCUUGUGUGGAACACAAUAUGACUGAUGUUUUCUUUGAAGAUAUAAUCAGAGAAGUUGAUCAAGACAAUGAUGGGCGGAUUGACUACGGAGAGUUUGUUGCUAUGAUGACGAAAGGAAACACUGGUAUAGGAAGACGAACUAUGAGAAACAGUUUGAAUAUCAGUAUGAGAGAUGCAUCCGGAGGACCUCACUAGCUAGCUUUUGAAGAACCACCUCAUCUGUAAGGUUGUACAGGAAUUAGAGAUGAUUAGAUAUUGAACUGUAGAAUUGAACUGUCUCCUACUACCACUAUUCCAGAUGACGGAGAAUGAUGCAGAAUAAUCUUUAUCAUAUACUAUGUACAUCAGAACUCAGAAGUUGUAACUGUAAGGUUAACGACUUAACGCAAACUCAAUUGUGCGUGUAUAUGUAUGUAGUAUUAUUGUUUCAGCUAUUAUGGAAAUAUAUAUUCAUCGUCAGUAAGUUUGCUUUCUGUAGCUUUUCAUCCCUUCUCUUCAUUAUUACACUCCUUUUUUUCCAAUCAUUAUAAAACUGCCACUGUUGAUUCUAGCUCUUGAUUUGAAAUAUUAAAAGUAGUGAUUAAAAAUUCUCAUUUAUAAAUCUAUGUUUAACCCGGAAAACUUGGUAAAACCCAGAAAAUGGUCCAAACUUGAUGAUAGAUUGCAAGCCGGAUUGGACCACCUGAUCUGCUGCUGCACACAAGUUCCGCCUGUCCACCAAUUUACCACAAUAGCAGGUUGUUCAGAAGUGUUGCUUUAGCCUGUUUUGAUACAUUUACAAACUGAACCAUUUUCCAGUUUGCGGAUUAUAAAUGUAUAAUAUGUAAUACCUACUACGUAGUACUCCUUAAUUUUUUACCUUACCUACGUUGCAUCAUCUUUUUUCUUUUAAUUAUGAAGGAAUAUAAUUUUCUAUUUAUGAAUUUAUUUUAUACAUGUAGUAUAAUUUCA